GCGAUGGAGGAAACUGAACUCUGUUUUCCACAAAUGUUCAACUCCUCCUGCAGGAGGCCAAAGCGUCCCUACUUUGAGGUCAUGCUGGUUUACAUUGUGCUGUCUGUUAUCUCUGUCCUCACUGUAAUUCUGAACCUGCUAGUCAUUAUCGCCAUUUCUCACUUCAGGCAGCUUCAUACUCCCACCAAUGUUAUUCUCCUCUCUCUGACUGUCUCAGACUUCCUCGUUGGUCUCCUCAUGUUCAUUCAGAUUAUUCUUAUAAAUGGCUGCUGGUUCCUCGGUGACAUAAUCUGUGUUUUGUAUCAGUACCUGGGUUAUACUAUCACUGGAGCCUCGAUAACAACAAUGGUAUUGAUAUCUAUUGACCGUUAUGUAGCCAUUUGUUAUCCUUUGCAAUACUCCACUAGAAUGACACAGAAACUAGUGAAUUUCUGUGUGUGCCUGUGUUGGUCUGGCUCAGUGAUCUUUCAGUGUGUGAUUCUGAAGGAUGACCUGCAGCAGCCGGGCAGGUAUAACUCCUGUUAUGGCGAAUGUAUCAUUGUCAUCAACUACAUUGUGGGAUUUGUUGAUAUGACCUUGAACUUGAUUCUCCCCAUCACAGUUAUUGUGGUUUUGUAUAUGAGAAUAUUCACUGUGGCGGCGUCUCAGGCUCGGGCGAUGCGCUCUCAGGUUGCAACCCCGGCACUGCAGGGCCCCCUCACCAGAAUGAAAUUUGAGAUGAAAGCAGCCAGGACGCUUGGUGUAGUCGUUGUUGUGUUCCUUCUGUGCAUGUGCCCAUAUUUUUGUGUUGCUCUCACAGGCCAGGACCAGUUGCUCAACGCAUCAUCGGCAACUUUUGUCAUAUAUUUGAUUUACUUUAACUCCUCCCUAAACCCUAUCAUCUAUGCCUUUUUUUACCCCUGGUUCAGAAAAUCAGUCAAACUCAUUGUAACACUUGGGAUCCUGCUGCCUGACUCUUGUAACAUCAAUGUGACAUAG